AUGUCAACUGAACAUAUUCAUCAUUUAUCAACCCCUUCGACUUCAUCUAUUUCUUCAAUGUCAAUUGAUGAUAUUCAUAUUUUAUCAAUCUCUCCUGCUUCAUCUAUUUCAACAACAAUGUCAAUUGAUGAUAUUCAGAUUUUAUCCAGCUCUCCUGCUUCGUCUACUUCUACAUCAUCAAAUACGAAUGUUUCAACAUUUUCUUCUUCGUCAAAUGCAAAUGUUUCAUCAUCUUCUUCGUCAAAUACAAAUAUUUUAUCAUCUUCUUCGUCAAAUACAAAUAUUUUAUCAUCUUCAUCAAAUACAAAUUUUUCAUCCUCUUCGUCAAAUACAAAUUUUCCAUCAUCUUCUUCGUCAAAUACAAAUAUUUUAUCAUCUUCUUCGUCAAAUACAAAUAUUUUAUCAUCUUCUUCGUCAAAUACAAAUGUUUCAGCAUCUUCUUCGUCAAAUUCGUUAUCAUAUGCUAGUGAACGAAUAUGUUAUUUAUUAAAACACGAAAAACAACAUUACGAUAUUAUUGAUAAUAAAGCAUCAUCAGCUGUUGGUUCAUAUUGGUCUGUUUUUGGAUUUCCAGCAAAGUUAAACAAAGAAACCGGUAGUUUUGAGAGAAUUAUGGGAUUUACAAGUUGUCAUAAAUGUAAAAAGACUUUUGUCUAUGGUCCACAUAGUGGAACUACUCAUAUGAAACAACAUCCAUGUAUUAUUACUGAUAAUAUGAAAACAUCAACACAAACACCAAUUGAUAAAGUGAUGUUAAUUCGUAAAAAAUUAAGUGAUGAACAAUCAAAGGUAAUUAAAGAUUUGAUUGUACGUUGGAUAUGCAGUGAUAUUCGUCCUUUUUCCAUAAUCGAUGAUGAUGGUCUUCGAGCACUUAUUCAAGAAUGUGUGAGAUUGGGAAGUAUAUAUGGAAAUGUUGAUGUAAAUGAUAUACUUCGUGGUCGAACAACAAUUUCUGCUCAUGUACAAGUUGUUGCUAAAUCUUGUCGUGAACGUAUUAAAGAAUUAUUGCAGGAACCAUACAAGAACAGAUGUUUGUCAAUAUCGCCAGAUUUUUGGUCCGACAAAUAUAAACAAAUUUCUUAUCUCGGUGUUACAGCAGUAAUUAUUGAUGAAGGUUUUAAAUAUUAUACAAUUGAUCUUUUUUGUAAACCAUUUCAAGAACUUGAAAAAACUGCUGAAAAUAUUUUGAUUGCUUUACAAAAUGAAAUGAAAGUAUUCGGAAUUAUCGAUUUAUCAACAAUUAAUAUUGUCUGUGAUAAAGCCUCGAAUUUUUUAAAAGCAUUUCGAGAUUUACAUCCGAUUACGUGCUAUGGACAUAGAUUGAAUAAUGUUCUUAAACGAUCAUUCUUCCAACAUCAGAAACAAUUACCUACAUCAUCAGCUAUUUCUAUUGAAAAAACUUCUACUAGUGAUGAAGAGGAAGAUGAUGAUUCAUUUUAUAUCUCAUCAAAACCGGUAAAAACAAACAAGAAGUUAAAUAGUUAUACGAACGUCAUGAAAGAACAAAUGAUGACAACAAAAUUGAUUGAUACUCCACCAGCUGUUCAACUAUUGAUUAAAACAAUUGUUCAAUGUAAAUCGUUGGCAAAAUACAUCAAAAAAGCCGGCUUGAAUAAGGAAACUGAAGGAGCUGGUGGUAUUGCAGUACAACAAGCAAUUGUUAUUCGUUGGAUUUCUUUAAUCAAUUUGUUGGAGAGUAUUAAUGCUUCAUUUAUACAAAUAAAAGUCGUUUUAGUUCCUCGAAAACAACACCAAAGGUUAUCCGGUUUUAAUCAAUAUUUGGUGAAGCAAACAAUACGUCUUUUAAAACCAUUUCAAGCAAUCAUUAAAAUGAUACAAUCAGGAUCAAGUCCAACAUUAUAUCUAGUAUUACCAUGCACCUUAAGUCUUCAAAAAGCAUUAAAAUCUUUCGAUAAUCUCUUACAACAUGUUGGUAAAUAUGAAGGUCAAGAAAUAAAUGAUAAUUAUAAUGAUGAACAAGAAGAUGAAGGUGUAAGUUAUAUUCGUCAACGGAUAUCAACAUUAUUACAUGAUAUGGUUGAUUUAGAUAUCAGACAUUAUUGUGCAACUCUUUUACAUCCAAAUUAUCGUAGUCUCAAAGGAUGUACAAAUGGUGAAAGAGUUGAAUGUCACAAUUAUGUACGAGAACAAUUGAUACUAAUUGAAAAAGAACAGAAGAAGAACAAUAAUGAAAUACAAAAGAAUAAACUACAUAAAUCCGAACAUUCAUCUAUUCUAGACGAUUUUAAAGAUGAUGCAAAUACAUAUGAUGAUGAAUGUGAUGAUGAUGAUUAUGAUACCAAAAGUGUUGAAUAUUCAUUACCUAUAUGUCAAUCUGAUGAACUUAGUCGAUAUUUAUCGAUGAAAAUCGAUAUGAAACAUUAUCGUUCUGAUGUUCUUGCAUUUUGGAAAUCAAAUACUGAUGAAUUACCUCAUUUAUCACAAGUUGCUAGACAAAUUCAUAGUAUUCCAGCAACUAGUGCUGGAAUCGAGCGCCAAUUUAGUAUUGCAGGACUCACAUUAACUAAUAGAAGAACUUGUUUAGAUCCUGAACAAUUGGAUAAUGUGCUUUGCAUUCGUACUGUUACCAAAUUGAAUAGUCAAAUGUAA